CUUAGCUAGCUACCAAGAGGUGAGUGUCUGUCUUACUCUACGUGGAAAAGAAAACAUCCUCUCGAUCUUCUUCUUCAUGAUUUUCUGGCACUUAACUUUUUUUUAUUUGAAGUUUUGCUACAAGUAAUUAAAUCAGUGAUUUUCAUUACUGAUACCGAAAUUAAUCUGAUUGAAGUCUUGGAAGUAUUAUGAAAGCUCCUCCUAUGUAAAAUCUUCUGGUUGGUAUGAAAUAAAAUGUAUUUUAUUUCUGGUUGGGCUUCAAUAAACGAAAUGGGUUAUGCUAUGAGUAGACUGGAGAUUGAUUCUGAAAAUUGUGAUGGAGGUAAGACCAAUAAUGAAAUUGGUAAUGGUCAGAGGUCCAACAAAUCAUUGCAUAAUUUAGAUCAUGAAAUUUCCCUUGCCACAAAUUUGAAAUCGAGGCCCCAUCAACGGCUGGCCGAAGUGAUACCUGGGAAGCGAGAGUUGCCUGUUUCUACAGUUAAGAUGUUGGCAGGUCGAGAAGGUAAUUAUUCAGGAAGGGGAAGGUUCUCUGCUGCUGAUCGUUGUCAUAUGCUUGGCAGGUAUCUGCCAGUCAAUGGUCCUUGGCUUAUUGACCAGAUGACUAGUCGGGCCUAUGUCUCACAAUUCUCAUCUGAUGGUUCUCUAUUCGUUGCUGGGUUUCAGGGAAGCCAUAUUAGAAUAUAUAAUGUGGACAGAGGCUGGAAAGUUCAGAAGAACAUCCUUGCCAAAAGCUUGCGAUGGACAGUUACUGAUACAUCUCUUUCACCAGACCAGCGCCAUCUUGUAUAUACCAGCAUGUCACCAAUUGUCCAUAUUGUUGAUGUCGGGUCUGCAGCAAUGGAGUCACUUAAAAACAUCACGGAGAUUCACGAGGGCUUGGACUUUUCUGCUGAAGAUGAUGGGGGCUAUUCUUUCGGAAUCUUCUCUGUGAAAUUUUCUAAUGAUGGGCGAGAACUUGUGGCAGGAAGUAGUGAUGACUCAAUAUAUGUCUAUGACCUUGAAGCAAAUAAGCUGUCACUACGAAUUUUAGCACAUGUUUCUGAUGUUAACACUGUUUGUUUUGCUGAUGAAAGUGGCCAUCUUAUAUAUUCUGGAAGUGAUGAUAAUCUCUGUAAGGUGUGGGAUAGGCGUUGCUUUAUCGCGAGAGGAAAGCCAGCAGGAGUCCUUGUAGGACAUCUAGAAGGCAUCACGUUUCUGGACAGCCGUGGAGAUGGUCGAUAUCUUAUAUCUAAUGGUAAAGAUCAGACAAUCAAACUUUGGGAUAUUCGCAAAAUGGCUUCUAAUGCUACUUGCAAUGCUGGGCUUAGGAAUUAUGAAUGGGACUACAGAUGGAUGGACUAUCCACCUCAGGCAAAAGAUCUGAAGCACCCAGGUGAUCAAUCUGUGGCUACAUAUAGUGGUCACUCAGUCUUGCGUACUCUUAUUCGCUGCUACUUUUCCCCAACGUACAGCACUGGCCAAAAGUAUAUAUAUACUGGCUCUCAUGAUUCUUGUGUUUAUAUAUAUGACUUGGUGACUGGAGCACAAGUUGGAGUACUCAAACAUCAUAAAUCACCUGUAAGAGAUUGUAGUUGGCACCCUGAUUAUCCAAUGCUCAUUAGCUCUUCUUGGGAUGGGGAUGUGGUGAAAUGGGAAUUUCCUGGAAAUGGAGAAGCUCCAAUUCCUGCGGCCAAGAAGAGAAUCAGGAGACGACAAUUUUACUGAAAGAAAUCUUGAUAUAUCAUGGCGACUAUCUGUUUAUGGUGCCCUCUAGUAAAUAUAUGUUGUUUAAGCAGUGAUUCAUGUUUGAUCCACAUUCAAAUAAAAUAUGUAAUUAGCAUAUGUAGUAUGAAUAAUUCAUUGUUAUAUCACUUCAAGGCCCGAGUUGUGCAUAAAUAACCUCCAAAGUGAUGAUUUAUAGAUACUGAAGCAUCUUAUGAAAUUCCGAAUCCAAUUCUUAUUCUUCCUA